AUGAUGGCAUCAUCGUCGGCGAGCACAGCUGAUGCGAAUGUAACCCUUCCAAUUCACAACGAAUGCGUUAAAGACACAAAUGUACAGUUACUAUUAAGGAAGAUCGAACAUUUGGAGCAAAUGAAAGGAGCGGUGAGUGAAACAUUGCUGGAUGUUGUUGAUAAGCGGAUAACAUAUCCUAGGAUGAUUACUUCGCGCGUUUCUGAUGCUGGGAAAUUCCGACUGAAAAGAAUAGAAGAAGCGGAAUUAGUUUGGCAGACGGAAUCUAUAGGGAAAAAUGAUGUUGAAAAUAUGUUGGAGAUGAUUAAUAAAGCAAAAAAGGCUGAAAAGGAAAACGAUGCGCUUCUACAACGUCUUGAAGAGUUGAAAAGAGAAAACGAAAUAUAUGAGAAAACAGCGAAAAUGAACGAUGAAACUGUCAGGAGUAUGAUGUUUUGA